CCGCCUUGCUUCAUCUGAAGGGCAAGCGAAGUUGACACCCAUAAGGGAAGCGAUCUCAAGAUUCCUCGAACCUCGCCUCAAUUUUCACCCAAGUCUUAGCGAUGAUGUCCUCUGCCCCUUCUCCUCCUCCUCUCCCCGUCUUCAACCCACCAUCCUCCACCGCCGCCCCGGGCGCCCCAGUCCCCGCCGCCGCUGCGUCUUCAGGGGCCCCGGUUGCAACCCCGGCCUUCCGCAUCUUCCUCUCCCGCCUUUCCGACUCCAUCCACCGCUCCCUCUCCAACCGCCGCCCUUGGUCGGAGCUCGCCGACCGCUCCGCCUUCUCCCGUCCAGAUUCCCUCGCGGACGCCGCCUCCCGCCUCCGCAAGAACCUCGCCUACUUCCGCGUCAACUACGCGGCUGUCAUCGCAGCCGUCCUCGCCAUCUCCCUCAUAACCAAUCCUUUUUCCCUCCUCGUCCUUCUCUCCCUCCUUGCCGCCUGGUGCCUCCUCCUCCUCUUCCGCCCCUCCGAUCAGCCGCUCGUCAUCAUGGGCCGCACCUUCUCCGACCGCGAGACUCUCGCCGGUCUUGUCCUCAUGACUGUCUUCGUUAUCUUCCUCACCUCCGUCGGGUCGCUUCUGAUCUCAGCCUUGGUCGCCGGUGCGACCGUCGUCGGUGUACAUGGGGCUUUCCACGUCCCGGACGAUCUAUUCCUCGAUGAACAGGAGACAGGCGCCGCUGGAGGGCUCUUAUCCUUUCUUGGCGGAGCCACGGCGGGCCCCGCCGUCGUCGGUGCUGCCCAUGUGUGAUAUGCCGAUUCGAAGCUCUUGGCUGCGAUGAGAAACUGUGGUUUGGUUGAAUCUCCUGCUAAGAAGAAUCAUCAGCACGUCCUGCAGUUUGCUGCUACCGCCAUGUGUGAUCGGGUUCCCAAGAGUGCUGCAGAGACUAACAAGUGUGGAUGCAAGUUGCACAUGAUUCCAACAGGAAAUGAAGAGUUCAGUGAAAUGAUGAAUUGUAAAAUGGUGCAAGUCCCACUAGCGAAGAUAGCAUUCAUGGGCUCGAAAACAGACCAAAAUACCGUGCACUUCAAUUC